CCCCCCACCCCCCCGGCAGCCUCCAUCUUCCCUCCCUCGCCCAAACAAACCACCAGCUGACCAACACGGCCGCCGCUCCGCCUCGCUAGAACGGCAUCACCAAAAGAGAGAAAGAGAGAGAGAGUGAGACGAGUGUCCAGCCAUGUCUGUCGAUCAAGGUCAGAUGACCCAGGAGGAGAAGGAGCAGUACCUCAACCAGAAGAUGGAGAACAUGAGGAGGAAGAACGAGGAGCUGCUCAAGAGACACCAGGAGAUCGAGGCUGACAAAAUGAAUGCAGACAAGUUCAGCUCCACGGUGAUCAUGGACGAAGUGAAGCCGUACGUCAUGAAGGUACCGCGGCCCCGCCUCGACCGCCCCGAGAGGCCCCGGGAGGCUGGUGCUGACCCUGCCCUGUCAAACCCACCCACACCCCGCCCAUCUGAUGUCAUGCUUUCCAGACAGAGGCUCUCCCAGGGAGACGCACCACCGCCUGACCCCUGCUACCGCUUCCUCUCCGACCCUGAGAGAGACGGACUGGAAGAAGGAAGGGAGAGAGGAAGGGGGCAGAGAGAGAGGGGAGGGAGAGGGAGGGGAAGGAGGGGCAGAGGAGGAGGAGGAGAUGCUUAUGAUGGUGCUGGGGAGGAUGGUGAGAGAGGAGGAGGGAAGUGGAGAGAGAGAGGUGAGGGAGAUGGAGGAGGAGGAGGAGGAGGAAGAUGGAGGGAUAGGGGAGAAGGAGAAGGAGGUGGAGGAGAGGGAGAAGGAGGUGGAGGAGAGGAAUUUAAUCAAAGGGAGUGGGAUAAAGAGGGAAGGGGUGGGAGGGGGUACAGUGGGAGGGGGAGAGGAAGGGGGGAGGGAAGAGGAAAAUGGAGAGACAGGGGAGAAGAUGGAGAGGGAGAUGGGAGGGAAGAGUUAGGUUACAGGGAGUGGGAUAAUGAGGGGAGGGGUGGGAGGGGGUAUGGAGGCAGGGGGAGGGGGAGGGGGGAGGGUAGAGACACUUACUAUUCAUCUGACAGGGGGUAUGGGGGUAGGGGAGGGAGAGGAAGAGGCAGGGACAGGGACAGGGAGAGGGAGAGAGGGAAGGCAGACUACUCCUACUCCACUCCGUCCAGCCACUCUCAGGACAUUAGACAGGGGGGCCAGGGGGAGGGUAGACAGGGGGGCCAGGGGGAAGGUAAACAGGGGAGCCAAGUGGAGGGUACACAGGUGAGCCAGGUGGAGGGUAAACAGGGGAGCCAAGUGGAGGGUAAACAGGGGAGCCAAGUGGAGGGUAAACAGGGGAGCCAAGUGGAGGGUAAACAGGGGAGCCAAGUGGAGGGUAAACAGGGGAGCCAAGUGGAGGGUAAACAGGGGGGCCAGGUGGAGGGUAAACAGGGGGGCCAGGUGGAGGGGAGUGAGGUGAAGGAGGAGAAGAAGGAAGGGGAGGUGAAGGAGAAGAAAUUCACCUUUGCAUGCAGGGAUAUAAGGUACUACCCUGAUGAUGGGGACAGGGGAGGGGAUAGGGACGGAAGGGAUGGGAGGGAUAUGAGGGACGGAAGGGAUGGGAGGGACAUGCGGGAUGGGAGGGACAGGGGCUAUGGCUACCAGCAUCCCCAUGAGGAGUAUGAAGACAAGGGGAGGAGCUGGGGAAGAGGAAGACACAAUUAUGAACACAGGGGAAGAGGAGGAAGAAGAGGAAGGACACAGCACUAUGAAUACGAGCGCUGGAAGGCCGAGAGGGAUGCCAUUGAUGAGGCUCGACUGUCCCGUAGCCGCACCAACGGAGGGGCCUGGCGGAGGGAGUGGGACAACGACAAGCUGGACCAGGGUGACCAGGAGGACACCUCAGGGCCCAGCUAUGACCCCAGGUACCCCAGGAGCAAAGGGGAAGGAAUCCGUCUGGGUGACUUCAUGACGUCUGGAGAGCCGCAGGAGGCCGGGUCGGGGCAAGGGGGCCGGCAGCAGGGGGAGAGGCGGGGAGGGGGAGGCCGGGGACACAGGGGCAGCGGCAACAGGAACAGGAGUCACUUUGGAAACCCUGAACAUAGCGGCCACCAACACGAGCAGGAGAUCAUGACCGAGCUGGACCCUGACACAGUGUUCCGAGGCCGCCGGGUGGAGGGCCACGGGGACCACUUCACUGUCUCUGUCAACACCUCCUCCUCCAGUCAGGGUGAUGGCAAGUUUGUGAGAGUCGGGUCAGGGCGGAUGCGGAGGGGACCACAGGAGGGCUAUGUGGAUGGGGGUGAGCAGGGCGGUGGUGGUGGUGGAGGAAGGCAAGGAAGAGGCAGAGGGUAUAGUGGUGCUAAGAGAGGUGGUGGUGGUGGUGGAGGAGGAGGUGGAGGAAGAGGAAGAGGACGAGGAAGAGGAAGGGGAGGAUUCCAGUCUAAUAAAGAGAACUCACACUUCGAUAACCAAACCUACUACUACCAACAACAAGAUCCACAAGAACAACAACAACAACAACAACAACAGCAGACAGGGUGGAGAGAGGAGAGGAAGUGGGAAGAGCAAGGAGAGGGAGAUGGAGGGAUAGUGGAAGGGGGGAGCACAGACACCCCCGUCACUCCCUCCAGCCCCCCUUCAACCCCCUCCCAGACCCUUGCAGCCCCCAGUGUUGCUGCUGUGGAGAAUGAAUCUACAACAACAACACCUCCAUCCCCUUCUUCUGCUUCUCCUCCUGCUUCUGGGACCCAGCAGAUGUCCCCACCAGGCCCCCAGCAGGACCAGGGGACAGAUGACUCGUGGACAGAUGUGACCAGUGGAAAUGAGAGUAUGGAUGCCUCGGGGCUCAGCCAGGAAGGGACAGUGGAGGGAAUGGAAACAGAGUCAGGGUGUCCUGGGGCAGACAAAGACCCUGGGGGGAGCUACAAAACCCCUGAGGAGGUGAACAAGAACCCUGUGGCAGAGGAGGAAGGUGAGGAGUGCUGUGAGCGUAGCAGUGAGGAGGUGGAGGAGGGAGAGGUGCUGGAGGUGGAGGGAGAGGAAAAGGAGGUGAGGGAGGAGGUAACAAGGGUGGAUGAGUGGAGUGAGGGAGUGCAGAAGGAGGAGGAGGAGAUGAUGGAGAAGGAAGAGAAGAAGGAAGAGGAGGGCACUGGGAGUGGUGAAGGAGGAAAGGCAGCUGGUGAAGUAGAAACAAAGGAGGAAAGUGCACCAUCCACCCAGAAAGUGGAAGGAAAGGAGGAGGAAAGAGGAAGAGAAAGUGUGGAGGAGGAGGAGAAGGAGCAAGUGGAGGAGAGUCAUGAAUCAAAACAGGAGGUAGAAAGUUUUGAAGAUGCACAGGAAGAAAAUAUAGCAGAUAAGGAAGAAAAAACAGAAGAGGCUGAAACAAAACCAUGGAAUAAGGAGGAAGAGACAACAGAUAAGGAAAAAUUCAGUAAACCAGAAGAAGAAACUAAGAAAGUAGAAAAUAAUGAAGAAAAAGAACUGGAAAACCAAGUAAAGAGUGUUGAAGAGGCAGAGUCAAAAUGAGGCGGCCCAAGGCAACACCAGUGAUUAGAGAGAAACACCAGCAAAUAAUGAAAAAGAAAAGUGGAUACAUGCUUUUUCCCUUAACCUUGUGCUGAUGGCCAGCCUUCAUGAGGAGCUCCUGCCCAUUAGAAGUGUUAAGGCCAGAGAGACAGAAUCAAGAGGUGAGGCAAGCAGCAGCAUUGAGCAUAAGCCUCCAGCUCUUACUGGUGGUGGAGUGGUUAGAAUGUCUAGCUACAAAUCCUAGGGCCUGGGUUCGAAUCCCGACCUGGGCGGUUGUUGUGCAGCCCACCCAGCGGUUCAUCCUCCCAUUCGGGCUGGCCAGUAAAUGGGUACCCAGGGAAGCUUAGGGAAAGUAACUUUGGUGACUCAGAUUUCACACUGGUCUUGUGUUGUGUGGUAAUGGGCUAUAUCCCACCAAAGGCUCAAGGGCCAAUGUGACAGAGAUGAGCACUGAGGCCAUGCACAGCUUUAUAGUAUGGCAUCAACUUCAGCUUUACUGCCUUACUCAUUGUGCAUAAAGCAGCAAGGGAUUAUAAGGAACCCUGCAAUAGAGGAAAGACUGGGAAAUGUAAGCAGUUAGCAGUGACCUUAAAGGGAACUAUCUUGCAGGCUACACAGUAGUUACUUAAUAUUAGGCUUUGAUGUAAUAUUUCACACCCCAUCUAAGGGGAUAUAGUACUUUUAACAUGACUGGGUGGUUAAUAUUUAUUUAUGUUUUGUUUUAUUUAAGUGUUAGCUGUGCAUCAGCUGCCCUCCAGAUAAAAGGUGCAUGUGUUGAGGGACACACCUGCUGGCCCUCAGGUGAGGCUUGUAAUAAUUUAAUGAGAGUUCUCUAUAAUUUUGUUAGUUUAACAUUUAUGGUACUUAUUGACAAAUAUUUAUUGACACUUCUCAGAGCACUUUUAUGUACUUAAUAUUUAUAUAUUAACUUAAUUUUACUCAAUAUUGAUUGUAGAACUUCGGGGUAUAGUUUUAUUAUUUUAAUUUCUAUGUUACUCAAAACUACUGACUUUUCCCAAAGCACUAUAUAUAUAUUAAAUAUUUAUUUAUCGUCUGUGUUAAUUUGCUGUAUUUUAAUGCUUUCAUGAGUAGGGUUGCCAUAUAGGAACAAUCAAAAUUCUGGACACCUCUAACACUCAAGGAUGACCACUAUGGCCACGGCCAACACACAGUUUGGGCCUUCGAUAUUUCAUAUUUAGGGGAGGUGGUGGCUGAGUGGUCAGCGUGUGGGCGCGGUGUCCUGGAGGACCUGGGCUCGAGUCCCGCCCGCCGCUACAAGCUGACAAUUUUCAGUCAUUGCCGAGCGGACACACUGUACACUUGGCAAUGACUCAACUCAACUCAACUCUAGAUAAAAUCUCUAAAGAGGAACACAAAACAAUACCUCUUGUAAAACUGCAGUUUAGAAUCAGUAUGCAUUGCAGCAUGUAGACAAUGUUUUGUUUCUCGGUGUUUUAUGUGUUUGUAACCCAUCUGAGUCCAUGCACCGUGUCCCCCGCCCUCCCUUCGGCUGGGGAAUAAGUAUAAACGUAAUAGUCAUCGACGGCCAUGAAGAUCAAAAUCACUCAGAACACACAAAAAAACAUAUCCGAGAAACUUUGUCCACAUGUUGAAAUUCUUAAUGGUUUUGAAUGCUUAAUGAACAUCUCGUUCAUUCCUACCUCUUGGAGCACGGAAGUUUGUUCUGCAUCUCUGCAGUGGAUUUGCGCUUUCAUUUGGGCAUUUGUCAGGGCAGGCAGAUAGCAGUAGCUGUGCUGACAAGGUCACAAGACCACGAACAAAGAAAAUACUCACAUCUUUUCAAAGCUGGCGCAAGACUAACGCGACGCAGGCGGCGGCGGGCGGGGCGGCGCGGGGCGGGGCGAGCAAUGACCACGCAUAACGAACACCUAAAAGUCGCGACCAAAUCCAGACCAAAGCGGUGCCGCUCAGCGAACCCCCCCCCCCCCCCCACCCCACACACACACACACACACACACACACACACACACACACACACACACUAUCGUCAUUUCACACUACGGAGUAUGAUUUUUUUUAUUUUUUUUAUUUUUUU